GUUAAUAGUGGGACGUCUCUUUCUCAAGCUAUAGUAACUGACUGCACUGCUCGCUCACUCCAGCCAUGAUAUCCCCUUAUCAUAGACGCUGCUUCCUCCUCCUCAGACCGGGCUCCCAGUUGCUGCAGACAUGCAGGACUGGAGGCACCCAGAGCGGAGCAGUGACAGAAACAACUGCAACUGGAAUAACAGAAGGUGGCAAGAAGGUGAAAACAUUUAAAGAUCUGCCAGGUCCUUCUCUGCUCACCAACCUGUACUGGUUUUUCCUGAGGGGAUAUCUGCUCCAUACUCAUGAGUUACAGUUGAUUUAUAAGAAGCGCUAUGGCCCAUGGUGGAAAUCUGCUAUUGGCAAGUUCAAGAUGGUAAACAUAGCUGACCCACAUAUUCUGGAGGUUAUGGUGAGGCAGGAGGGGAAAUAUCCAAUGAGAACAGAGAUUGACCUCUGGAGGGAGCACCGGGAUCUACGGAACUAUGCUUAUGGGCCUUUCACAGAACAAGCAGAGAAAUGGCACGCUCUACGAACAGUUUUAAACAAGAGGAUGCUGAAGCCGUUAGAAGCUAAGACCUAUGUAGGGAGCAUUAAUGAAGUGAUCUUAGAUUUCAUGGUCAGACUGCAGGAUUUACGCAAGGAAAGCCCAUCUGGAGAUAUGGUCAAUGAUGUAGCAAAUGAACUGUACAGAUUCGCCUUUGAAGGAGUUUCCUACAUUGUCUUUGAGACCCGAAUUGGCUGUCUAGAGAAACAGAUUCCUCCAGAAACUCAAAGGUUUAUUGACUCUAUUGGGCAAAUGUUCAAGAAUUCAGUAUAUGUGAACUAUCUUCCAGAGUGGACACGGGGAAUCCUGCCCUACUGGAGACGUUAUAUUGAAGGUUGGGAUAAUGUCUUUGAUUUUGGAAAAAAGCUGAUUGACAGGAAGAUGAGUGAGAUACAGUCCAGAGUGGAAAAAGGGGAGGAGUUAAAGGGGGAAUACCUGACGUACCUGCUGUCCAGCGGUAAACUGACCUUGCCUGAGGUAUACGGCAGUGUGUGUGAGCUGCUGCUGGCUGGUGUGGAUACGACAUCAAACACAUUGUCCUGGUCUCUAUAUCACCUGGCAAAAGAUCCAGAGCUCCAGCAAACCCUGUAUGAAGAGGUCAUGGAGGCUGUUCCUAUAGAUCGUAUACCUGUAGCUGAUGAUAUUUCCCGAAUGCCUCUGCUGAGGGGUGUAAUUAAGGAGACCCUGCGACUGUACCCUGUUAUACCGACCAAUGCAAGAAUUAUCCAUGAGCAUGAGGUGACAAUUGGAGACUAUAAGUUCCCCAAAAAUACGCUCUUUGUUCUAAGUCAUUAUGCCAUCGCCAGAGAUGAAGCUAAUUUCUCAAAUCCAGAAAAGUUUUUUCCUCAGCGCUGGCUACGGGACAAGGGAAUGACCCAUCAUCCGUUUAGUUCUAUUCCCUUUGGGUAUGGGGUGCGAGCCUGUGCUGGUAAACGGAUCGCUGAGCUGGAGAUGCACCUAGCACUGUCUCAGAUGAUCAGGAUGUUUGAGAUUAAACCAGACUCUCAGCUUGGAAAUGUGAAAUCCAUUGCUCGAAUCGUCCUUACACCAAGCAAACCCAUCAACCUGCGCUUUAUAGAUAGGAAGUCAGUUUAAGUAUUAGAAAGUCAAAUACGGACACUUAAUAACUAUCAAUACUUGAUAGACGUCACAAUUCACUGAAUAUAUUUUAUGUAAAAGUGUACAAAUUAAAGUUUACAAAUGUCA